AUGGCUUCCGAAGAACGAUCACUCUCACUAGACGAACCUCUCAAUCCCACACUUGCCGCUCUUUCGACGUUAUCCCUGCUAAACCUCCGCCUAUCCCGUCUAGAGUUCCUUCUUAUAGGCCACUCAGCCACGUCGCAAGAAAGCGAGGGCCAGCAAGUAGCAGCUAUCGCAUCAAAAGAUCACCCUAAGAUCCCAGCACAACUACGAACCCUCGAAAUGCGUUUGAACAACCUCAAACGCCUGGAUGGACCUCCCGGAAACCUCGUCCGCAUGGUAGAUGGCCUACGCCGUGAAUACCCAGAGCUAUUCCCAAACCAAACACGAAGCUCAGAUUCUCCUCCCUUGUCCGUGAACGAAUUGUCUCUCCGUGCCGGGGAAGUUCUAAGCAAUAGCACACUAUACACAACGACAUCCGCACAUCUACAAACGUUACAGGCCCUCAAGAUCCCCUCCGCUAGACACUCUUCGAAUCUGGUUGAUGCGGGACCACGAUUGCGAAAGCUCAAGGAGAGACAAGAGAAGCUCGACAUUGAGAUUGCUGAGCUGCGAGGUCGUAGUGCUAUGACUUUGGAAUGGUGGGUGAAGCACGGGGUUGUGGGGAUGGAGAGCAGGGAGCUACAAGGCCGGUCACAACAAGAGACGGACAACCGACUCACACUGCGUAAGCAGGACUAG